GACCUGCUCUCUACAUACUGAGUGCUGCUCUGCCUACGACCGCGACAGCACCGUCCGUACAGAACGUACCAAAUCCGCCGGACGAAUCUAGUGCAACCAAACUCUGCCGCGGUUACAUCUACACCCAUACGGCUCCGCUACUGGACAUCGCACAGAGACAUGGGGAAAUCUCAGAAAAAGCGUCAGAUGAGGCGGCAUAAUCCCGUGCGCGUACCUGACUCGCAUCUACCAAAGGGGUUGGAGGCGGCAUCGUCGUCUUCGUCCAGGAAAGAGGCUAUUCUUCCAAUCUUGCAGAAGAUGGAAAGCGUAGAUCCUGCAGAACGCAAAUGGGCAUGCGUUGCAGUGUCUAACCUCAUACAAAACGAUCCGUCUACUCGACGACUGCUCCAAGGAAAGAACGCCGUAGGGGCGCUGAUCAACCGACUUUCAGACAGUGAAGAGGAAGUGGUGGUGGAAGCUGCUGGGUCAUUACGGAACCUAUGCAUCGACGGCGGGUUUGACAUAUGUGCGGAAAUGUACAACAAGAACAUUCUUACACCCCUCAAAUCCUUCAUCCCUAAGAUCUCAACGACACUAUCUGAAUACCUGGAGAACCCUAAGACUGCGCCGGAGAAUGCGCAGAAGCUCGUGUACGAAUUCGCGGACAACGUCAUCACCAUUUUAUGGUGUCUGUCAGAGACUUCGAACAAGGCCAUGAACGCUAUCAACCAAAUAUCCUUGGUUCCGUUCCUCAUGUCGUUCUUGGCGUCAAGGGAAAGGCUACCCAUCUCAACUGUCACAUCCGCAGCUCAAUGCCUGUAUGUCCUCACUGACGAAAACCCACCGGCCAUCGAAGAGGUCCGGUCAAAUGCCCCUUACUCUGCCUGUGUUCUCUCCAUAGUCCAGUCCAGAGAGGGACUUCCUCAAGCAAAUGGAAAGAACAAGGAGGUUGCCGAUAACCGAGGUCUCGCGCUCCAAGUCUUGUGCUGUGGAAUUCUGAGGAAUGUUUCCCCGAUCCCGCCUCCUUCGGUUGCCGCAACAGUGGAUGUUGACCGUGACAUUGUUAUGCCAACCCUGGAACCCGUCUUAUCCUUAAUCUCACUGGUCGAGGCGUCACAGCACGCGCAGGAGCAUAUUGCUAAAGAAGACGCUAUCCCCGCACUGGAGAAACUAUCGCUAAAACACACACCCAAGUCUGACCACAAGACGCCCUCGGGACUCGAGCUCGAGCGUUUAGAACAUAAACUGCGUACGGUGCAGCUGGCGCUCGAGAUCCUCACAGGUGUCUGUGCGACGCUGCCAGAGCCUGACUUUGACGUACAAGAUGCGGAUGGUGAAGCAACCGACGCAGACGGCGACGAGGCGCACGAAGAUGAAGACAUGGACGACGAGCCCGAAGUCGACAUGGCGCCCGACAACGAAGCAGCUGUGAAACAACAGAGCGGCUCUAAUGCGACAAUCUUCCAAACGCUAGUUGCCCCCCUCCUCACACUAAUUCAGCCGACACCACUCUCUUUCCCCCCACUCAACGGCCCUUCACCCCAUCCGCCGACAACGUCAGCGCUCAGUGCGAUCCAUGUCAGCGCCCUUGAGUGUCUCAACAACAUAUUCUUGUCCUUCCGCGGUGCCAAGAUCGAUGCACCACGUGCCGAUCCAGAUAGUGGGCGGAGGAUCUGGGACUCGGUGUGGCAAGCACUCGGUGCGGUAGGGACCGACAUCGACAACCCCGGCCAGGAGCGGCGGCGUGCGACGUGGGAAAUCGGCGUCGGCGUGCUCUGGGGCGUGGCAGAAGCGCACGUCAAGGUGCUGAUGCAGCUGUGUGACGCUGCGACCGACGAGGGCGUCAAGGUGAAGUGCAUUGGCACACUAGAGUGUCUCGCGCAACAUCCAGGGUCUGUCGACGCGAACAGGGUGUGUACCUAUUUCUCGCAGCGUGUGCCGGAGCCGUUACUCCAGGCUGUCUCGGCGCUCAUCGACAUCUACUCGGACGAGACGCUGCCGUAUGACACAAACUUCAGGCAGGGGCGGUUCCUUGACGCGCUCGUCGGGAGUGUGGAGGGUGUGCGCAAGGCGGUACGCGGCAUCGAUAGGAAGAAGGAGCGGGAGCUUAGGGUACGGGGUGAGGAAGUCCGCGACAACCUCGUCGCCUUCAUCGAAUACCGCAGGAGUUUGGGCGUUUGAUGCGUGUGCCAGAACCACCGUAACGCGUACUUACGGGGCAGUGUCGUGGUAGGGUCCCGCAGCCAGGUCGUUCCGUGCUAGUACAAAUGGAUUGAGUUAUGUCUUUCCCGACAGUGGGCGGAGCUUUCUCAGCGUCAUCUAGCCUACCACGCGAGUUGCGCAAGGAGUCAUUCGGCCCCUCGUGAGAUCUGUGUCAUCUUCCCGUACGUAUGUCUGCAUGUACAAAGCCCG